AUGUUUUUGGCUCAGAGGAGACUUUGCUCCCUUGGCAGUAGAGCUAAAUUCCUGAAGACGAUUUACUCUUCAAAAACCUCCAGACUCUCCACUUCUGCUAAAAUGUCUUCGAAAUUUAAAAAUGCAAAACGAAUUGAAGGCCUUGAUAGUAAUGUGUGGAUUGAAUUUACCAAGUUGGCUGCAGACCCUUCUGUUGUGAAUCUUGGCCAAGGCCUUCCAGAUAUAUCCCCUCCUCUGUAUGUGAAGGAAGAAUUAUCAAAGAUUGCAGCAGUUGAUAGCCUGAAUCAGUAUACACGGGGCUUUGGUCAUCCACCACUUGUGAAAGCUCUGUCCUGCUUAUAUGAAAAGUUGUAUCAAAAGCAGAUCGAUCCAAAUAAAGAAAUCCUUGUGACAGUAGGAGCAUAUGGCUCUCUCUUUAAUACCAUUCAAGGAUUAAUUGAUGAGGGAGAUGAAGUCAUAAUAAUCGUGCCUUUCUAUGACUGCUAUGAGCCCAUGGUGAAAAUGGUUGGAGCAACCCCUGUUUAUAUUUCUUUAAGAUCUAAACCUGUUGAUGGGAGAAAAUGGUCUAGUUCUGACUGGACCUUGGAUCCCAAAGAACUGGCAAGUAAAUUCAACUCCAAAACCAAAGCUAUUAUACUAAAUACUCCACAUAACCCCAUUGGCAAAGUGUACACCAAAGAAGAACUCCAGCUAAUUGCUGACCUUUGCAUCAAAUACGACACACUCUGCAUCAGUGAUGAGGUUUAUGAAUGGCUUGUGUAUUCUGGAAAUAAGCAUUUAAAAAUAGCCACUUUUCCAGGUAUGUGGGAGAGAACAAUAACCAUAGGAAGUGCUGGAAAGACUUUCAGUGUAACUGGCUGGAAGCUUGGCUGGUCCAUUGGUCCAUAUCAUUUAAUUAAACAUUUACAGACAGUUCAACAAAACAGCCUCUAUACCUGUGCAACUCCUUUACAGGAAGCCUUGGCUCAAGCCUUUUGGAUUGAUAUGAAGCGCAUGGAUGACCCAGAGUGUUACUUUAAUUCUUUGCCAAAAGAGUUGGAAGCAAAAAGAGAUAGGAUGGCACAUCUACUUGAAAAUGUUGGCCUAAAACCUGUAGUUCCUGAUGGAGGCUACUUCAUCAUUGCUGACGUGUCUUUGUUAGAUGCAGACCUUUCUGAUAUGAAGAACAGCAAUGAACCUUAUGACUAUAAAUUUGUGAAAUGGAUGACUAAAAAUAAGAAACUCUCAGCCAUCCCAGUUUCAGCAUUCUGUAACAAAGAGACCAAAUCACAAUUUGAGAAGUUUGUGCGAUUUUGCUUUAUUAAAAAAGACAGUACACUAGAUGCUGCUGAAGAAAUCAUCAAGGCAUGGAGUAGACAGAAGUCUUGA